UAAGGCGUUGCAGGGCGGUUUCCGGUCCCAGGCGAUUUUCGUGUCGUCAUCGUGCCACUUCCCUCUUUGGUGUCUCGAGUCCGCGAAGUCGCAAAUCGGGGGCUGAGGAGGUGGAGUGAACGGAAAACUUCUUUAGUUAACCAGUUGACAUAAUAUCUUCAUUUUAUUCCGUCCUCGCGUUGGGCCAACGGGGACGGAGGGGGAUUGGCGGGACGUCUAUUUAUCAUAGAGCUUAUAAUGCUAUUUAUAGUGUUGGGGGGAUGAUCCACGCGUUGACUUUACCCGCGCCUGCUACGUACAGUAGUAGGUAGUCUAUUUAGAUAUGUCUUUUCGUGUGGUGCGAAGCAGUAAAUUCCGUCAUGUCUAUGGCACUGGGUUGAAGCGAGAGCAAUGCUACGACAAUAUAAGAGUCUCCAAGUCGUCGUGGGAUUCCACCUUCUGCGCGGUGAAUCCAAAGUUCCUUGCCAUCAUCGUCGAGUCUGCCGGAGGUGGCGCUUUUAUCGUCCUCCCCCAUAACAAGGUGGGGAGGAUAUCGGCGGAUUACCCAUUGGUGGGUGGACACAAGGGACCGGUUCUGGAUAUAGCGUGGUGUCCGCACAACGACAACGUCAUAGCCUCGGGAUCGGAGGACUGCGUAGUUAAAGUCUGGCAAAUCCCAGACGGUGGAAUAUCUCGCACCCUUACAGAGCCUGUAGUAAAUUUGCAGUUACAUCAGCGUAGGGUGGGUUUAGUGCUGUGGCAUCCAACCGCUUUGAACGUGUUGCUCACCGCGGGCUCUGACAACUUGGUGCUAAUUUGGAACGUUGGCACGGGAGAAGCGUUGGUGCGCAUCGACGCCCAUCCAGAUGUCGUCUAUUCGGCUUGUUGGAACUGGGAUGGAUCUCGUUUGGUCACCACUUGCAAAGACAAGAAAAUCCGACUACUGGAUCCCAGAUCCGGAGAGGUUCUCGAAGAAGCCAUCGCUCACGAAGGUACCAAAGCUACCAGGGCCAUAUUUCUCAGGGGUGGGCUGGUAUUCACGACGGGUUUUAGCAAGAUGUCGGAGCGGCAGUAUUCGUUGCGCGCCCCUGACAUGCUGGGCGAGCCGAUAGUGAUGGUGGAGUUGGACACGAGCAACGGAGUCAUGUUCCCCUUGUAUGACCCCGACACGAACUUGGUAUUCCUGUGCGGAAAGGGCGAUUCCGUGAUUCGUUACUUCGAGGUGACGCCCGAGCCGCCCUUCGUACACUACAUCAACACCUUCCAAACGCCGGAUCCUCAGCGAGGAAUAGGAAUGAUGCCUAAGCGUGGGGUGGACGUCAACAGCUGCGAAAUCUCUCGCUUUUAUCGUCUCAAUAACUCCGGCUUCUGCCAGGUCAUUUCCAUGACCGUACCCAGAAAGUCCGAACUGUUUCAAGAAGAUCUCUACCCGGAUACUCCGGGGCAUUCGGCGGCCAUUACCGCAGAGGAAUGGGAAUCCGGGACGGAUGCUGAACCGAUCUUGAUCUCACUGCGUGAUGGAUACCAACCGGCGGUGUCGAAGGGUGAACUCAAGGUGCACAAGAAGGCCAAUGCAUUGGGCAAGGGCAGUAAAGUGGGUGUUACCGCGUCGCAGGCUGCCGCAACACCGCAAGCCUCCACGGGGAUAUCGGAGGAGGUGAUCAAAGAGUUUGCGGAAGAAAUAAGGAAAUUGAAGGCCGUCAUCGUUAAGCACGAAGGAAGGAUUCGCGUUCUCGAGGCUGCAGCUGCGUUGCACAUGAAAGAACAAGAAAGAAACGAGAAAACCGCUUCUCCUACUGAUAAGGAGGAGGGACUCUUGGCGGCGGACGAAGUAUAAUUCACGAUCCCGCGCUCAUAUUUUUUCAUUGAAUCAGAGAGCGAAAUCGUCAUAUUAUUUAUUAUAAAACAAUCGUAUUAUAUUUUGAUAUAAAAAAUUUGUGUAAAUAUUAGGUACUAGCCGAUUUACGCGUUUCGCAGCUUCGCUAUUAUUUUUAUUAUUUAUUAUGCAUCCAGUCAUCGAUUCUUCAUAUUUUUAUUAGUUACCUCCCGCUCGAAUCAUUUGCCUAAUCGAUCAUCGUUCAUCGGUCGUUACCUAUUACCGCUGUUACCAUAGUAUAUUAUAAACAUGUUAUAAUUUUACACAUUAUUAUCAUCAUCGUCAUUAUUGUCAUUAUCAUCAUUACGAUUAUUAUUAUUGUUCUUCUUCUUCUUUUUCUUCUUCUUCUUAUUAUUAUUAAUGUCAUGGUCAUCGUGAUCAUCGUUGAUAUAAUGAUCAUUAUCGUCGAUAUCAUUAUUAUUGUUGUUGUUGUUAUAAUUAUCUAUUCUUAUUAUAAUCCGUUCAUAUCAUCGAUUGUUUGAUAGUUGACAGUGACUUUUGUCAUAAUUAUGAUUAUUUUUAAUUCACAUGUCCCAUACGCUCGAUGCGAGAGUAAUUUUUAUUAACAAAGAGUGCCUAAUUUGUACAGACAAUACAAUUUGCUGUAAUAUAACAACAAUAAGAGAUUUUUCUAUGCGAA